CCUAAGAUCAUUGUUAGGUAAUCAGGCUGAGAUUCAGACAAAGUAACUUGGCUUCAAAGUCCAUGUUCCUAACCACAGUAUUGCUUCUAUCUGAAGAGAAUUUCAGAAAUUCAUUCCUGGUAAACCACUACCUCAUUUAACCCUAAUUCACUAAUUCUAAUCCUCACUUCUUUAUGGUACAGAUUUUGAAAGUUUUAAAGUAGCUUUCAGAGCAUUUUAAAUGCUCACUGCUUAAAAUGCAGCCACAAUUAUCCUAAAACCAUAGCUUAAGUGUUAGCUGGUUUAGAUAACAUAUUUGUUGAGUCCUUCUGUAGGGCUGACAGUAUGGAUAUCGGAGUCAGAGCCUUCUCAUAAACAAAACACUGAUUUUACAUUCUGCUUUUCAAUACUAAUGUAUGGAUACUUAACGUGGGAUGUUGGACCCAAAUGGAUGAGUUUCAGGAUAUCUAGUAAGUGCCCAAAAUAUUAGGCAAAAAAAAAAAAAUUGUAUAUGUACCUAAGUUUUUUUCUGUAAAGGGACUCUAUACCUUUAUAAUUUCAACAUCAAUCUAAAUUGUGUAUUCCAAAAAUAAAAAAGUUAACUUGUAGGUCACCGCUACUUACAAUGGCGUGAAUAAAAUCUCUGUGGCAUUCCAUAUUUAAAACCUCAUAUUUUCAUGCGUAAUUUAAGAAAGGAAAACCAAAAACCGAAAUAAUAAUGCUGUGGUUAUUUUGCUGACCAGAGCGCAGUGCUUGCUUUCUUCUCUCAUUACAUUCACCCUUCGCAUAUCAACAUGCUACGACCUGGGGAACAAGGAAGGGUCGGCUAUCUAGUGCCCGAGUGUCUCAGAGCAGAGUCCCUGCCAAGCCAGCGCGUCCAGUACUGAAUUCUUAUCCUUAUUUAGACCUCCACCACCCCCACUUGGGUACGGUGCGAUGGACGCGGACGAGUCACUUUUUAAAGGAAGUGACUGCCAGCAGAUCCUGACCCGGAAGCGAAUUCUAGCCCCUCCUUCUUUGCCAAGCUGCUUUCUGCAACAGGCGUGGGUCACGCUCUCGCUUGGUCUCUUUCUGCCGCCAUCUUGGUUCCGCGUUCCCUACACAGCGUCCUUUUUAUUCCCUUCAGAAAUGCCCGGUGAAGCCACAGAAACCGUCCCUGCAACGGAGCAGGAGUUGCCACAGCCCCAGGCUGAGACAGCUGUGCUUCCUGUGUCUUCAGCCUUAAGUGUCACUGCUGCCUUAGGGCAGCCUGGACCUACCCUUCCUCCUCCUUGCUCUCCGCCCCCCGAACAGUGCUCUCUGGCAACCCCUAACCAACCUGCCCCAUUCCUCUCUCCCUCUACUAUUUCCUCAUCCCCUUUUGAAGCGCCCUUUCCCCAAUCGUCCUCUGGGACAGCCCUGCCUUUGGAAACAGCCCCUUUCCCCCAUGACACCCCAGCUUUCCUACCAAACUUAACAGGGCCUCCCAUCUCCCCAGCUGCCUUAGCUCUGGCCUCACCCAUGAUAACUACAACUCUGAAAGGUGCCCAUUCCUCCUCAGCUCCCUUGACUCUGGUGGCCUUGGCUCCCCACUCAGUUCAGAAGAGCUCUGCUUAUCCACCUAACCCUCUUAGUUCACCUCCUUCAGUUGCUUUGGCUGAGUCAGGGUCAUGUACACCUCUGUCAGCUCCCAUUGCUUCCUCAGAACCAAAGACCUCUCCUAUUCAAACGCCUUCUCAAGUAGUCCAUGAUCCAAAAGUUACCCCCAUCCCUCCAAAUACAGCCAGUGCUGUUCCUUCCCAUCUUGUAACUCCCUUGGCCGCUGUUCAAUCUGGAGUAGCCUCAUGUGCUCAGAUACCACCCAGUACUCCCCUAGCCAUCACUUCCCCUCAGGUCAAAGGCAUCCCUAUUUCCUCAGCUAUGACUUCUCCACAGAACUCUGUAAGCCUCAGCCUAAAGGGACCCCUCAGUCCACCUGAUGCCUUACCUCUUUCAACCCAAUCUGUUCCUGUGGUUCCCAGUGUCCCCCCAGUUUUCCUCCCUUCUCUGGGUUCUCAUCUUCUACCUUUACAUCAGAGUUUUCUUGGCUCUCCUGGACAACCUGUAUGUCAAACAGGCCCUAAUGUCUUUUCAGACCCUGUAGUGGAUACCAUUUCUGUAGAUCAUUCUUCUUUGGGGACUUACCCUUCUCAGCAAUCUGUCAUUUCUCCCCUUCCUUCCAGAAAUGAGGUGGUUCCUGCUGCUGUGGCUGCUUUUCCAGUGGGGGUUCUAGCUUCCUCUCUGGCUCUGUCUGUUGACAAAGGACCCUCUACCACCACUAGUAGUGUGCCCUCCUAUGGCCCUUCUUGUUCCUCAAAUGCAGCUACCUCUUCUUCCUUAUCUCCCUACAGCCUCUCUCAGUCUCAAAGGCUCUUCUUAAUGCCACUCAUCAGCUAGCCUUUGGUGCCCAUGCUCUCUAGGAAGUCCAGGCUUAAAGAAGCCCUGUUUUUCUGUUGGAACCACCUCACUUGUGGUGGACUAACCCUCUACAAUUUCUGCAACACCUACCACCUUUGAGGUAGUAAGUGCUACUUGUGUCUCUCCUCCAAUUUCAUCAAGUCCCACAAGUAGUAAGAACUCAGCUUCCCAUACUGCUUUGGCUGUGGCACCUGUGCCUCCCAAGAGCUUCCUUCUCCUCAGGUAACUGUCACUCCUCUGUCAGUCCAUGAGGACCCCCAAGUGUCCCUGCUUCAGUAUUGGUAAAGUUCCCACGCAAAAAGAUCUUCCAACUGUAUCUGCCUCUCCUAUCGGAGGCCCUAUUUCACCAGCCCAGGCAGGGACUCCCUA